AUGCACUACGUACGUAAUACGCAAUUGCUCAAGAUCCACGCGCAUACAUUGAUCUCGGAGUACUUCGCCAUCAUGAGCGAGCAGGUAACAAUUACAACUCACCAGGACAUGAAGCUCGAGUGCGACAUCAUGAUGACCUACGUCGAGGCACCGCUCAAUUACGUCCUCAGGACAGACUUCCCAUCUAGAGGAAAGACGGGCACGCACGACAGCCCUAUGGACCUGCAAGACGAGAAGGUCCACCCGUUCGAUGGGGCGGACGUCGCCAACGGCGCCCUGCGUGUGCGGGUGCUGUCGAACUGGGGUGACGCGAGGCAGUGCGGGCUGUCCCUGCUGGAGGCCUUGGACGAGAGCGCCGAGGUCAUGCGGAUCCCCCGCGCCUCCGUGUCGCUGCGGGGCACCCAGAGCGGCGCGAACACCCUGCCGCGCGUGCUGGAGGGCAGGCCGGACACGACGAGCGAGAAGCAGAUGUGGCUCGCGACGCUGUGCCCCAGAGACGGCGGCGGCUUCGAGCCCGUCGAGAUCGUGCUGAGCUGGCCGGCGGGCCUCGCGGCGCCGUCCGCCCUCAGGCUGUGGAACUUCAACAGCCCCGACGGCCUCGACAAGGGCGCGAGGCGGGUGGAGGUGUGCCGCGGGGCAGACGCGGUGUGGUCCGGGGAGCUCCCGCGGGGCACCGGGUCCUGCCACGCGGCCUCGGCGCUGGCGCCCCUGCGGCCCGGCUUCGCGGCGCCGGCAGGCGCGGCCGCCCCGCGGACGCCCACGGGCGCAGGGCGGCCGAUCUGGCUGGGCGAGGCGCCGGCGGAGCGCGCCGGGGGCCGGCGGCCAGAGGACGGGCUGCUCGCGGCCGCCGGACCAAAGAGGGCAACUCAGAGCACGCUGAGAGAUGCCAAGCCUGGCUUGAACAGCGACCAUGAGCUCAUGAUGCGCCAGUGCAGGAUCCAGCAGCAGCCUGGCAAGGAGGCCGCGGGCGGCUGGGGCGACGAGGACGACGACGGCGACGGCCCGCCAGCGCCGCUGGCAGCGUCGCCAGCGCCGAGCCCGGGGACGGCCCGGGCGGAGCGUGGCUCCUGCGACCGCACGCGGGCCGCGACGGACGGCCCCGUGUGUAGCCCGUGCGACCACGUCCGCUGCGCGAUGCUCCCGCUGGUGCUGAUGCUGCCCCUGGCGCUGCUGAGCCUCGACCUGGUGGCGCCGUGGCCGUUGGGCUCGAGCGCCAGACUGGUGCCGGCGCUGGUACCCCACGGUUGGGCGCCAGAGGCGGUGAUGUCGAGGCGGUUGACAGGGGACCAUGGCGGCGAUCUUUUCAACGCCGGAGACGAAGAGGAGGAGCUCAAGAAGGAAUUGGAGGCGGCCAUGAACGGACAGUGGGGCUCUGGCUCCGACGGCAUGGAUGGCCACCACGAGGCGGAGGCAGGCCUGCUGCUGAUAGCCAUGAUGACUUUAACUGCGAUCUCGAUCGGCGCCUGCGUGGGGCAGCUCGUCUUCGCCUGCAAGUACAAGCAGGACGUAACCGACAAGAGGCCGCACUUGGACCAGGCGGCGCGGCAGCUCCCCUCGGGCGACUUCGAGAACGGCCCUUUCGCUUGCUUCGACGACUGCCACACCUGCAUGCACGCGUUCUUCUGCACAUGCUGCCGCGCCGGGGACACCUUCCAGGCGGCUGGCAUCGAGCAGUACUGGACCGUGAUCGGCAUCUUCGUCCUCGCAGUCAUCGUCGCCGACAUCGUGAGCAGUUUCGUCGCGAGUUUUGUGGGCGCGAGCAUCGCGGCGAGUGGUGGCGACCCAGAGCACGCGACCCGCCUUACCUCCAGCCUCACGAAUAUGAUCUUGGCGAUCAUCACUGGUGCCGUCUUCCAGAGGUACCGCCGCAAGCUGCGGGUAAAGCUCGGCGGGAGCGAGGAGGGGGGACCCGGCGUCGCCGUGGACUUCCUCAUGUACGCGUUCUGUACUCAGUGUGUCGUCGCGCAGGAAGCGCGUGAGAUCGACGCCGCCACCAGCGUCAAGGUCGAGUGCUGCUGCAGCCUGACUACCGCGGCGAGCGCGCCCCUGGAAGGCCAGCCCUUCGUCGGCCAGCCGCAGCCGCUCAUCGGCCAGCCGGUGUACGGGAACGCCGCGGACGGCGACGCCCCGAGCGAGCCCUUGCUCGCGGAGCUCCAGGGCCUCGGGCUGGACGUCCCCAUCCGGGAGGACCCCCCCCCCUCUCCUUUCGACGAUCGAGACGCCCUCGACGGCCUAUGCGGCGAAGAUGCAGUGGACUGGCAGCCCACGCUCGGCUCCUCCCUGGUGAACUUCAACCCGAACGAGUCGCAGUCGGUGGUGAUCCCGACGCUGCCGCGGGGCAGGACGCUGGUGCUCAACUGCGUCUCCACCUGGGGGGACACCAACUUCGUAGGCCUCGCCGGCAUCGAGCUCUUCGACGCCCGCGGCCUCCCGGUGGUGCCGAAGGACCCGCGGCGCCAGGUGUCUGCGGACCCAUACUCCAUCAACGUGCUGCCGGAGUACGAAGACGAUCCGCGAACACCUGGAGAUUACGCGCCGCCGCCGAGGUCAACCUUACCCGGGACGACCUCCACGUCUGGCUGGCGCCGUUCACGCCUGGGCAGGCGCACGCGGUCACGGUGGACCUCGAGCGGCAGACGGCCGUUUCCAUGA